AAAUAAAAGUUCCUUACUAAAUGGUUUACAACUAGCUCUUUCUACCACUUGGUAUCCUCUUCUCGAUACGUAAGGUAGGCAUGGAUGAAUCUAAAAAUGGUUCAAUUUCUAGUAUGAAACUCUAGAAGAAUAAUAUGCCUAAUCCAACUUCUUGGAGUUUCUCCUUUCGCAAGCCACGACAACCCUGAAUAAGAAAUAUUCUAUUUUGCUACUUCCGUAAUAUCUCUCUCUCUCUCUGCACUAUAGGCGAUGAUGAUGAAAAAUUUUAAUCUGAUCUUUACCACACCUAAAGUUGAGCAGGAUUCAUUUCUAUGGUGCUUCAGGAAUAUCCUAUAUUCUUAUCCAUUGACGAUGUAGUUGCUUGGAUGGCCCGUACAUGCACGGGCAACCGCUCCAUCCUUGCGUUAUUGGCAGAGAACUAGCUGGCAGAGGGCUGACCUGCGAAAUGAUUGAACAAAGGCGAAUCUGAGCCCGUUUCAUUUACUUACUUUUCUAUGGAACAUGUUCUGAAGCAAACAAAUGAGCCCAUAAGAACAUGCAUCACAGAUCAAGGUGAGCUGCGUAUGAACCUAUAUAUAUUCUGGUAUCAUAAGAUGACUCAGUCCCAAGCUCUAAUGUUUUUUAGAAAGUCUAAAGAAAACUGUCUCAAACGAAGCCUAAAUCUGAGCGGAUGGAGUGGCUUGUCUCUUCUGAUUGCCUUUGACAAUGCCAAUGCUGAAGAUUUUUAAUGCCUAAGCUUUGAUCAUGCUCUCUCUCUCUCUCUCCCCCCUUCUAUCUCUCUCUCUCAAAUUGGGCGAUGAUGAUGAAAUGUUUCCAAUGUGCUUCAUCAUCGCCCAAUUUUUCUUUUGCGUUGGUGCCGGAGCAGCUUGGAUGGCCCACUAAUCUAUGGGAAACCGCUGUCUGUGUAGCUGUUGUAGAACCGAAAUACGUAAGUGAUGCAGUGAUGCUUCACCCCAAAAUCAAUCUCAUCUCUAAGUUGCCUUCAAGUGGUCUGUAUGCUGGUUUCAUGAGAUGCUGCUGCCCCAAACUGCAAUGCUCUUUGCUGUGUCCGUGUGUAGCUGUGGAUAAUUAGUUGGUGGAUCUGCUUUGUUAUACAGUAAAGGUGAGUUCUUGUCUUUGAAUCUCUAUUUAUUUUUCUCCUAUGUUCAUGUUUGCGGGUUAAGCUUAGCAAGUUCAGUUAACAUGGUAAGUGGAGCGAAUCCUUACCCGUCUUCUAAGAGUACCAAGAUUUUCUGAGUUAUGCUGUACUCUCCUACAACUUAAUUCUCCAAAGAAUUUGUUUAGGUUGAAGAAAUUUAUUCCUUUUUUUAGGCUCCGGAAGCAGAAAUUGUGCCAAUAAGAUACAAAUAAAUUAGGUUUAGUAAUUAAUACUAACCAAAUAAAUUAAUAUUGUAUUUAUUAAACUUAGGAAGUUCGUGGAUUUAGGUUUAGUAAUUAAUAUUAACCAAAUAAAUUAAUAUUGUUUAUAUUAAAUUUGGGUAGUUGGUGGAUUUACAAGGUUUAGGAGACAUGAAGUAUGGGUAGUCAUUAUAUUGUAUCAUGAUUUACUAAGUUAGAUUAGCGUUUUCUGUGAAUUAGUUGACUUAAAUCCUGAGUUGCAUCAUCAAACAAUUUUACUAGAUUAACAUGAUGUGUCAUCUUUCUUGUUAAAAAAAUUUCAAUUUUCAGGAUUUAACACAUGAUUUAGUAAAAUUUGGAUUUCGAGGUUAUAUAUCCUAAAAAAUUAAUCAUAAUGGGGCACGAAUCUCGAGGCAAAAUCAAGUUAAAAGUUUUGAAAUUAAAUUUGGGAUCAUCCUAACUUUGAUUUCAGCAAAUUUAUAGUUGAAUUGAAUGUGUCGAAAAGACAAACCCAACAAAACCAAAUUCGACUCAAUUUGAACCCAAAUGAGUCCAAUUCUAAGACAAUCCGUCUUUGGAAGGUUCAAACCAUAAAUUUGAUGACAUGUUUAUAGUCAAAUCAAGCGGCUUGACGAGACUAAUCCAACAGGCCCAAGAUUGUUGAAUUUUGAUAUCAUUAAGAAAGACUUUCAAAUACCUAAUAAAUGGCCUGCGAUCAAGGGAAUCAAUAUCGGCUGUCUUUUUAAACCACUCCCAAAGUAAUCUUGAUCUUCGUCGCCCAGAUAUCAUUCUUUACUGCAACCGUCACCCCCGACUACAGUCCUAACCUCCGUCACUCGCCGAUUAUGUUUUUGCCGACUAAACGAACAUGUGAAUACUGAUUCUUCCAAUUCCCAUCAUAUAAUGCACUAUAUAUGUUGUAUAUUUUCUACAUCAAACUAAGGCCUUCCCCCAAGGAAAGGCCUCAUUUGUAAUUGAAUGCGAAGAUGUGAAACUUUUUAUUUCUCUAUGGCUGUGAAUAUUCCAUGACGCAACAAAAGUAUUUACUAAAUCCUAAUUGAAUCCAAACAACACCUUGGUUGGUUGAUUUUAGUGAUUGGAGAAGUCUAUGGAAAUUCACGAAGAUGUUGCCCCACACAAUAUUAGGGUGAGAUUGCUUCGUGAUGCUACUUUGCUAUUCUCUUGCAAUGGCACGGAGCAGCUUGGAAGGUCCUUGUGUAUUGUGGGGCAACCGCUGCAUCUAUGCGUUGAUUUGUGGAAGAAAUAAAUGUAUCUUCAUGAUGGAAAGGUGAAUCUGAGUCAUUGCCUCUAUGCCCUCUUGUUGUUCGUUAUGACUGCUGGGUUUAGCAGUUUUCUAUGAUGCAGCAUCUCACAUAUACGGUGAUGCAUGACUAAAUAUGAGAUGCUUAAAACUCCUUUGGAUUUUGCACAACUUGUGAUUAGAAUAAACGUAGAACAAAACUAAAGCACUUUAAAAUGAUGAGUCAAAACAAAUAGGGGUUACAUUCGUUUAGGUCAAAUUACGAAGCAAGAGAUUUGUAACUUUCACAAAUACGAAAAGAAAACAACACAAUAACAAAUAGUAGCUUCAUAGAAAAUCCCUAAUCUAACAAUGAGAACUAAAUAUGGAUUCCACCACCAACUAUUUUUACUAUUAAGAGCUUUUCCCUUUGAUACUCCAAUCACAAAUUUUGCAAUAUUCUUAACAUCACUAGCCACAGAUAAAAACUUAAGAUCUAAAAUCUCUCUCAAAAACAUUUUUGUUAAUAUUCUUUAAAUGCCCCCAUCUAAUCUUAGAAUAUCGUUUUACUUUAUUUUUUUAUUAUUCGCCCCAUUUAUCUUAAAGUCCAAAACUGAUAAUCGAUGUUGGGUACAUAAUUUGGGUACAUAAAUUCUGUCUUUGAAUCUCUAUUUAUUUUCCUCCUAUGUUGAUGUUUGCGGGUUAAGCUUAGCAAGUUCAGUUAACCUGAUAAGUGGAGCGAUUCCUUGUCUGUCUUCUUGGAGUACUAUGAUGUUUUGAAUUAUACUAUACUCUCUUACCCCUUAGUUCUCCAAUUGAUUUGUUUGGGUUGAUGGAAUUUACUCCAUUUUUACUUCUCUCCACCUCUUUUUC